AUGACGCUCUCCGGUCAGUACGAAUCUUCCUCACGCGCCGAGUCGCCUCCGGAGGAGGUCGAGAUUGACAUCGUCGGAGAGGACGAGCCGGAGCCGGCGGGCCGGUACGCCGAACCGGGCUCCGGAGCCGAGUUGGACUCCUCCGAGGCGGACUCCUCAGCGGAGAGCGAGAGCAGCUUCUGCUCCGGGAAGGCCGGCGUCGGAAGUCUGGUGAAGCCUCCGUACUCGUACAUCGCCCUGAUCACCAUGGCGAUCCUGCAGAGCCCCAUGAAGAAGCUCACCCUGAGCGGCAUCUGCGACUUCAUCAGCAACAAGUUCCCCUACUACCGGGACAAGUUCCCGGCUUGGCAGAACUCCAUCCGGCACAACCUGUCCCUCAACGACUGCUUCAUCAAGAUCCCAAGGGAGCCGGGCAACCCCGGUAAGGGCAACUACUGGUCCCUGGACCCGGCCUCGGAAGACAUGUUCGACAACGGCAGCUUCCUCAGGCGCAGGAAGCGAUUCAAGAGGAACCAGCCCGAGUUCGGGAAGGACGGGCUCGUGUUCUUCUGCCGGCCUUUCGGGCAACCGUACCCGGUGCAGAAGCGCGUCGACCCGGCCGCUGGGAGCUACGCGCCCGAGGGUGUCAUGAUGCCGCCGUCGUCCCAUCACUUUUUGUCGCAUUUUCGGAGUGACCGCAGCGGACCCAAAGACUUGAGCGUCACGGAAACGACCGAACCCACAAGCGCGCAGCCCAAGUGCUCCUUCAGCAUCGACUCCAUCAUGAGCAAACCUGCUCCCACCGGUGGGGGUCCUCUGCACCAGAACUUUCUUGCCUACCCCAAUUUAACGUUGAAUCACGUGACCUGCUUCGUCCCUACACUCCUGCAGAACCCCAGAACUGCUUUUGGGCCCCAUGCCACGCUGAGUGGUUCCCCUGUCAUAAGUGAACAACUCAGACGUUCAUAUUCACACUGCUGA